AUGGCGACGGCGACGGCGAGGCGGCCCAGCGGCCCGGUCCUGUCGAUUCCCAGCUACCGCUCCGCCUCGCCCACCCGCGUCAAGCUCCCCGCCGGUGGCGCUACACGCUCGCCGGGCAAGUCCGUCAGCAUUUCGUCCUCCUCCUCUGCCCCUGCCGGUGCCGCCAGCAAGAGCCGUCGGUCCUGCAUGUGCUCCCCGACGAACCACCCGGGCUCUUUCCGGUGCAGCCUCCACAAAGACCGCAAGCAGGCGGCUCCAUCUUGCAACAGCAAGCCCGGCUGCCCGCCGUCCAUCGGCAGCGCCGGCUCGAAGCAGAUGGGCAGCGCAUUGGUGCGGCUUGUCCCCAUGGAGAGUGGGCACUGGGCACGCAGGGCGCUCGCGCCGUCCCCCGCAGCGCAGCGGAAACGCGUGGGCGGGUUGCGCCCCCGUCCGAGCAGGCUCUCCGCUGUGUCCAUGGCCGGCGACCGCGCCGGCGACAACCACCGGUAG